GGACAUUAGCGAGAGCAGUUAGCAUUUGGCACACGACUAUCACGUGCCUUGUUUAAUUUUGCAAAGUCCAUCAACCCCAGCGGUCUGGAUCGUUUAGAAGUCGCACUUGGACAUCUAGUAGUAACGUUAUAACGUAGUAAGUUACAGAGAAAACGCACGGACGCUACGCUGAAACAAGAAGAUAUGAUUAGCUAGCUAGCCAGCCACCGCAAGCGAAUAAUUUCACCAAACAGAAUAAUCGGUAAAUCUAAACAUAUCGAUCAAAACGUCAUGGAAGAUUCUGACACAAGUGCAAUACUUCCUGCCGAAGAAGAUUCGUCUCAAGAUAAUAAUAAAUCAACAUCAAGUCUUUGCUCAAAUCUAAUUUGCUCAAAACCUCCACCGUACUCAUGCAUACUUUCGGUUUCUGUCGAGCCUGUUCUCUUUCUUUCAAUGUUUUCAUUGGCACUUCAGAUGCCACUUUAUACACAAUACCUGUGGGAUCGCAUUAGUGAAGAUCUGGGGUAUAACGGUACGAAAAGCGGAGGAUGUCACAACAGCACUGGGCCACCCGAUCCUCUUGAAAAGGAGGUGGAGACCAUGACCGCACACUGGAAUUUGUACAUCAACUUGGGAGGCUUUUUCGUCAGCCUUUUCUCUGCCACUCUAUUUGGGGCCUGGAGUGACUGUGUGGGCAGGCGCCCAGUUCUUAUCUUACCCUCUCUGGGCCUGUCUGCUCAAGCUGCUGUUUAUUUAGUGGUGCUAUACCUGAAGUUACCUGUGGCUUGGUUCCUGUUGGGGAGAUUCUGCAGUAGCCUCACUGGGGACUUCAACACCAUCCUUGCCGGCUGCUUUGCCUAUGUGGCCGACACAAGUGACAAAGUCUCCCGCACCUUUAGAGUGGCCAUACUGGAAGCCUGUAUAGGUGUGGCUGGCAUGUUUGCAAGCAUCAUUGGGGGACAGUGGCGACGGGCCCAAGGGUACAUCAACCCAUUUUGGCUGGUACUCGCCACCAGCCUAGCAUCUGCCCUGUAUGCCUACCUGUUUGUGCCCGAGUCCGUGGUCCCCGAUCCCGGGGCCAGACUGUUCACCAUCAAGCACUACCGGUCCGUUUGGCAGCUCUUCAGCACCCGAGGGGAGGGGGACCGCCGGCUGAAGCUGUGGCUCUACUCCCUCUGCUUCUUCAUCGUGGUCACCGUGCACUUCGGGAGCCGGGAUCUGUACGUGCUCUAUGAGCUCAGUGCCCCGCUGUGCUGGGGCCCCGCGCUGAUUGGCUACGGCUCGGCGGUCCAGAACCUAACCUACCUGAGCAGCCUGGCAGGGCUAAAGGCCAUGCAGCGAUGCCUGGAGGACUCCUGGGUGGCCAUUGUGGGGCUGGUGUCCAACAUGUGUGGCCUGGUGGUCAUCUCUGUGGCCAACACCACUGCACUUAUGUUCACAGGCUAUGGACUCUGUUUCCUGUUCAUGGCCUCAACCCCAGUUUUGCGAUCAAAGGUCUCGAAGCUGGUGGACCCCUCUGAGCAAGGGGCUCUGUUUGCAUCAGUGGCUUGUGUGGAGGGGCUCUGUUCCCUGGUGUCUAGUGGAGUCUUCAACUCCCUCUACCCUGCAACCCUACACAUCAUGAAGGGCUUUCCCUUCCUCUUCGGUGCCAUGCUCCUUCUACUUCCUGCUGGAAUAAUCGGGACACUCGGCUGCCAGCAGAGGAGGAUGGAGAACACAGAGAGUUCUAUAGUGUCUUGAGGCUGACCAGAGUGGAGAGUGCUCCACAGAGUCUGUCAAACUCAGGAGCUCUGUGAGCCAUACAGCGGUACACCCAAGUGCAUCUCAAAAAUGGGAAUAUGAUGGAAAAAGCCAUUGCCCUGCUCAUAAAGUCUAAGGGAACCAUUGUCGGUAUAUUUGACUUCAGCUGAUUAGAGGUCUUCUCAGGUCGACAUUUAUGUAUUUAAAAAUAUAUACAGUAUAUUGAGAUACUGGAUUUUUUAUUUCCAUGAUCUGUAAACUGCAAUCAUCAAGAUUAAAAUAAUCAGGUUGUUCCAAACCAGUGUUAAAAACAUUGCACUAAUAUAUUGAAACAUGUGAGUAUGUUUCAAGCGCGUAUUUGUAUGUGCCUUAACUUUGACUUAAAAUGCUGCCAUAUUUUUUUUCUUAUCGUAACCUCUACCAUAUCUCUUUAAAUUAGUUGAAUUGAUUGUGAAAUUAUGACAAAUUAUUUCACUUGUUUAUGACACAAUUUACUACACUUGAUUGUAAAAUAAUCUGUGUUGUCUUGCUCAGAUAUCUGAUAGAUUAGACCCACAAUAGAUAAUGUAUCUUUCCUUUCAAAAUCUUUUGAACACCAAAUAAAAACACACUUCUAAAAAAUGUAUCAUAUGAACUCGUAAUUAAGCAUGAAUUAAUGUAAGUGAUCAUUUAACAGUAUGUCUCAAUUGGUGAAUAAAACCAGUGACACUGAGAUUAGGGUCUAGACAUAUCAUCAGCAGAUUGCCAGAGGGCUCCCUCAUAAUCCCUGGUUGAACAUCUAUUACACGGGUAAUGUGCUUGUGUAAGACUGACCCAGCUGAUCUCCCUGAGGUGGACUCAAAUAACAUCUCAGGACUGGUCAUACUGUACGUGCUCCUGGAACAGACAGAUCCCCAUCAGUGGUCUCGGUGGCUUUGAGAGGGUGUGAACCACUCGUGGUCAUCAGUUUCCGUAUGUUGAGCCGUAAUCUUACACUCCAGCCACAACACAGGACUUGGGGAGGGAGGGAGAGAGGAGCAGGCACAAUGGAUGUCGUCAUGUGGAUGUGACUGCGCACAGAGGGUCCGUCUGUGUUUACCCACAGCGUGUGGCCGAACGACCCGCAGGGGAAGAGAGAAAGGGGCCAGUGACUUAUCACAUGCUUCCUGUUAGCCUCCAGUGGAGUCGCUAAUGCUAACGGCCACAAGCUGUCUGACUGUCUGAGACCUGAUGUCACAAAGGGUUUACAUUUUUAAUGCUAUAAAGAAGGCUUGCUUUUUAUUGCUACCAUUGGGUCUGGCAAACAAUUUAUCAUUUUUAUUAUUAUCUUUGAAUUGUACAGCACUGCAAGAUUACAGAAUGUCCAAUCUGAUCUUUCUUGUAUUA